AUGCUCGCAAAGCAGGCUGCGCUCGUUCGCAGAUCAUCGGUGGCCACCGUUGCGUCGUCUUCCUCCUCAUCAUUACUAUCACGGUCGAUCCCAAGACGGACGCAUCCCGCCGCGACAAUAUCGCCACGGGCACCUUCCUCGUCUUCCUAUCGCUUCGGGGCCAUCUCGGCAUUAUCCUUCAGCACAAAAGGUCCUCGAAGCCAGGCGAGUCCGGCUGCUGAGCCACAUCGCGAUCAACACGACCAGCAUGCAUCCGUUCCGUCAUCUUCAAUAUCAUCCCAGCAUCAGCAACACGACGCCGACGCUUCAUCCCCAGGCGCAUCAUCCUCCGCAUCAUCAUCAGCAACAGCAGCAUCUUCGCCCUCCUCAGCAUCUUCGCAGCGCAAUGAUCGACGCUCACGGUUCAUGCCCUACGCCUUUGCGACUGGCUCGCCUCUCACACGCUUACCGACCCCAUUGCCACCUGACGUGACAGAACGCUCUCAUCUUUUGCGCAAGGGAUACUCACCGAAGCGAAAUAGCGAGACUCCUGUCGCCAGCACAACUGCCUUCUUGGACGGCCGCAUGACGGGUCUCUCCUUUGGCGACCUGUCUGGCCUCACCAUGAGCAGCACCGACGAAAACUUCUACCCAGCAUCAAGGGCCGUCGAGUUCGUCAGCAUCCUCAAGGCGUGUCUUGGCACCGGCCUCAUCAGCCGUGCACACAAGGUGUUCUCCGAUCUUCGAAGUCAGGCCACCACCCGCUCGCGUGAGUUGUGGGAGCUUCGCAAGCGUCUUGUACAGGGCAUCAUCGAUCAGAACGAUCGGCACCAGGAUCUCGGUGAGCUUGGCCAGUACCAGUCUCCCAUCGAGAUCUGGACUUACAAUUCCAUGCUGCAGGCCUACUUCCGCAAAGCCUACCAAGCCGAGUCUUUGGACGGUACAGCAGAAUGGCUCACCCGUGCCUGGCAGCUGUGGCGCGAUAUGGAAGCCUCGGCGGCUCCGGCACAGAACGACCAACCACCUUCGCCCGAUCCCAAACCCAACGCGGCCACCUUUGCCACCAUGGCGCGAGGCAUUGUAGCUCUGCAGCGCUCAGGACGAUAUCCAUCCUCGGCACCAGCCCUCGACGACCUCGUUCUCUCCAUCAAGCGCGCAGAGUACGGACUCGAUAGCAUCCUGACUUCGUCCGUCUUCAACCCCGAAAAGGCCGAGGACCUCGACGUCCACGGACCGUUGGGCUCCAACAGCGUCGACCAAUCGCGUGAGGGCGAAGCAGAUGCCGAUCUCGUGCUGCGCAGCUUGACCAACGUCGCCAACCAGAUGGGUGAGAGCGAUAUUCUCAAGGAGCUCGAGACCGCGCAAAGCAUCCUCGAAGGUCGCAGAGUUCUGUCCGAGGCGCAGAGCACCGACACUGCUGCGCACGAGGAUUUGUUCGCCGACGUUCCCGAGCUGCUGCCUGUCAAGACCACCUCCAAGGCCAGCCGUCUGGGUAAGGAUCCCGAGAAUAAAGCCGGUGAAAUGCCAUUCAACCUCGCCUCGCUGAAAGAGAACCUCUCCAUCGUGCAGGAGGCGCGGCGCAACAUCACCGACCCCUACGAGCGUCAAAAGUGGCUCGAACACAGCGCUCUCGAGGCUGCCCGGAAGCGUCUCGAGCAUUCCGCCGAGAAGCUCGAGGAGCUCGGACUGCAGACCACCGGUGCUUUGCAAUCCAAGCCGCUCCAGAGGUGGAUGUGGGACUGGUACAACAAGCUUCAAGUGACGUUGAAGGAAGACCUAGAGCGCCUCGACCAAGAUGUCAGCCACAGCAAGCACGACAAGAAGGCCAUGCUGCCUAUGGAACAGCAGAUCCUCCCAUUCCUCCGUCUCCUGCCCGCCUCGAAGCUUGCGCUCAUCACCAUCCUCGAACUCAUGCGCAUGAGUGGCAACGGCGGAGUGUCAGAUGGCAUGAAGACGACGCGUGCCCUGUUGCAGGUCGGCCGUGCCAUCGAGAUGGAGUAUCACUCGGAGGUUGUCCGCAAGAACCCCAAGAUCUUCCAGAACGCUCACACCGCGCAGACCACCCUCCGCAAGCGUGGCUUGAUCGACUUGGCAGCUCGUCGCGAGAUCAAAGCAUGGCAGAAGCAGCAGGAGGACGAAGGCGUCCUCUCGUCCAUCCCCAGAUGGACCCAGACCAUCCGAGCGCGCGUCGGCAGCUACCUGGUACAGCACCUUAUGCACGUGGCUACUGUCAAUCGCAAAGCCACCGACCGCGAUGGCGUCCUGUGGGAAGAGGACCAGCCCGCCUUCUAUUCGACCUAUCAAUACCUCGGCGGCAAGAAGCUCGGCGUCAUCAAGCUUAACGAGGUCAUCGCCAAGCGCCUCGACAAGGACUCGAUCCAGGAGACGCUCCAUCCGCGUCACCUUCCCAUGCUCGUUCCGCCGAAGCCGUGGACCUCGCACGACUCGGGAGGAUACUAUUCGGUGCGUCAGAGCGCCAUGCGGUUCAAGGACAGCGCCGAGCAGGGCUCCUACCUGCGGGCCGCCUCGGACAACGGCGAUCUCGACACUGUCCUCGCAGCGCUGGACGUGCUCGGCAACACCUCGUGGAAGAUCAACAAACCCAUCUUCGACGUGAUGACCGAGGUGUGGAACUCGGGCAAGGACAUUGCCGACAUGCCGCCCGUCCAGAUGGAGGCGCAGGAACCGCAGAAGCCCGACAACUACGACCAUGAUAUCAAGGCUCGUUCCGUGUACUUGCAACGACUUAAGCAGUGGAAUCAGCAACGUGCCUCGAACCACUCGCAGCGCUGCGACGUCAACUACAAGCUCGAGAUCGCUCGAGCUUAUCUCGGAGAACGCUUCUACUUCCCUCACAACAUGGACUUCCGUGGCCGCGCCUACCCGAUGCCACCGCAUCUCAAUCACAUCGGCAACGACCUUUGUCGUGGAUUGUUGCUGUUCGCCGACAGCAAGCCUCUCGGUAAGGCGGGUCUGCGUUGGUUGAGGAUCCACAUUUCCAACGUGUUCGGUUACGACAAGGCCAGCUUUGCCGAGCGAGAGCAGUUUGCCAUCGACCACGAGGCAGACAUUCGGGACAGCGUCGAGCGACCGCUAGACGGCAAUCGUUGGUGGCUCAAGGCCGACGACCCUUGGCAGUGUCUUUCUGCCUGCAUGGAGCUCAAGGCAGCCCUGGAGCAUCCAGAGGGACCCGAAGCGUAUGGAUCGUGCCUGCCGGUGCACCAGGAUGGCACCUGUAACGGUCUGCAGCACUACGCCGCGCUCGGAGGUGAUUUGGCCGGCGCCAAGCAGGUCAACCUCUCGCGGGGAGAGCGACCCGCCGAUGUCUACUCGGGAGUCGCUGACCUGGUCAUCAAGGCGCUCGACGAAGAGGCGGCCAAGGGCGAGCGCCUCGCUGGCAUUCUCCAAGGCAAGGUGACGCGAAAGGUGGUCAAGCAGACCGUCAUGACAACCGUGUACGGUGUCACCUUCAUCGGUGCCAAGAACCAGGUCAUGCGACAGCUCGCCGACCGAGGAGACGUUCCCGCAGAGGACCUCUUUGCUGCCGCCAGCUACCUCGCCAAGGUCAUCAUGUCGUGUAUCGGCAACCUGUUCUCAGGUGCGCAAAAGAUCCAGGACUGGUUGAGCUUCUCUGCCAAGGUGAUCGCGAAGUCGAUCCCAGCGCAGAGAGUCGAGGAAGCGACGCGACCCUACCAGCCCAGCGAGAGCAGCUUGAAGCGUGCCGACGUCCAUGGGUUCGCGCGUGACCCGGCCAAGGCUGACCGUAUUGUAAAGGAGCAAAUGACGUCGGUCAUCUGGACCACUGCACUCGGUUUGCCCGUGGUCCAGCCUUACCGCAAGAGCAAGAAGAAGCAAGUCUCGACCGCCAUGCAGACCGUCUUCAUCCACGAUCCCCUGUCCAACUCGGAAGUUUCGCCUGCCAAACAGGCGUCUGCCUUCCCACCUAACUUCAUCCACAGUCUCGAUGCUACCCACAUGAUCCUCACCGCGCUCGAGUGUCACGCUGCCGGCCUCACGUUCGCUUCGGUACACGACUCGUACUGGACGCACGCUGCCGACAUCGACACCAUGUCUGACAUGAUCCGCGAGACGUUCGUGCGCCUCCAUUCGCAGGACAUCCUGCAUCGGUUGCGCGAAGAGUUCCUCCAGCGCUAUGCAGGAUACAAGGUACCCGUGGUUUCGCUUCAGACGGCCACUCGUAGAAGAGGGCGCUCGGCGAAGGCCAACAAGGACGAGCCGCAGGACGUCGCCAGCAGCUCCGACUCGACCUCGCCGUCGGAUGCACUUCUUGCCAUGCCCGAGGAGCAGCUGGCUAAGCUGCAAGGCGAGAUAGGCGAUGUCACUCUCGGCAAGCCGAGCAAGAAGGAUCUCGAGGCUGAGGCAGCCGAGGCUUUGGACGAUGUCGCUGCCGAUGCGAAUGAAGCCGAUUUGGCCGAGGAAUCCGAAGCAGGCGAAGAGGGAGCGGACGCGGAAGCAGCACCGGCGAAAGCGACCAAGAAGAGGGGCGCACGUAAGUCUCAAAAGGAUAAGGAUCUCGAGUGGGAGACCAAGUUCAAGGCCAAGUUCGUCGACCUUGCGGACAUCCUGCCCGCCAUUCCGGCUAAAGGAUCGUUCGACGUCAACGAGAUCAAGGGCUCUCUGUACUUCUUCUCUUGA